AUGGAGGAUGGGGAUUUGGAAAAAACAAACAUUCAGUUUAAUAACAAUAAGUAUUACCUCAUACAACUGUUGAAGGAUGAUGGUAAAGGUGCAUAUUCUGUGUGGAUGCGGUGGGGCAGAGUAGGGGCAAAUGGGCAGAAUAGUUUACAGCCUUGUGGAGGAGACUUGGAUAAAGCUAAGAGUAUAUUCAUGAAAAAGUUCAGUGACAAAACUCGAAAUGACUGGAAUUUGAGGGACUCUUUUGAAAAGGUGCCAGGUAAAUAUGACUUGCUUGAAAUGGAUUACUCCAGGGAAGAUAAAACUGAUUCUGCAAUAAAAGCCAAUGAUAAGAUUAAGGAGGAAAGAAAAAAAAUUGAGUGCAAACUUGAAGCUCGUGUACGCGCACUGAUUGAGUUGCUUUGCGAUGUGCGUGUCAUGGAGGAGGCAGUUGUUGAAAUGAAGUAUGAUGCUAAAAAGGCCCCUCUUGGGAAGUUGACUACUGAACAGAUUAAGGCUGGCUAUCUAGCCUUGAAAAGUAUUGACGAUAUCAUUAUGAAGGGAAAGUACUCAAGUAUGGAACUGGUUCAUGCAUGCAAUGCCUUCUAUACUAGGAUUCCCCACUACUUUGGGAUGAAAGUUCCUCCACUGAUUAAAACAAAAGCUGAAAUACAGGAGAAGGUAGCUUUACUGGAAGCACUAGGAGAUAUUCAGGCAGCACUCAGCGUCUUGGAUCAGCCAAUUGACGUCAACGUACAUCCAGUUGAUCAGCAGUACAAUAGUCUUCAGUGUAGCAUUAGUCUUCUGAGUAAAGACACUGAUGAUUAUAAGGUACUGGAAAAAUAUUUACAAAGUACUCAUGCAAAGACACACAGCAACUUCAAGAUGGAACUCUUGGAAGUGUUUGUAAUCCGAAAAGAAAUGGAAUACGAAAGAUUCAAAGAUGUUGGGAAUCGUAUGCUAUUGUAUCAUGGAUCAAGGCUUUCUAACUGGGCUGGUAUCUUGAGUCAGGGUUUAAGAAUAGCUCCACCUGAGGCUCCAUCUACAGGGUAUAUGUUUGGAAAGGGCAUCUAUUUUGCUGAUAUGUCAAGCAAGAGUGCAAAUUAUUGUUGGGCAACUCCACGUAACGACACUGGAUUUCUUGCCCUUUCCGAAGUUUCACUAGGCAAAACAAAUGAUCUUCUUGAUGCUGAUUACAAUGCCCACAAGUUACCAAAAGGAUUCAAUUCAGUAAAAGGCUGUGGUAAAACAGCACCAUUACCAGAAAACUUAUCAAAGUUAUCGGACGGAACAGUGGUUCCCAUGGGCCCAGGAGUGCAAACAGCCGUUAAAAAUCCAAAAGGUUAUACAUUGUUGUACAAUGAGUACAUAGUUUAUGAUCCAGCACAAGUCCGUACAAGGUUCCUACUGAAGAUUAAGUUCAAUUUCAAAUAAAAGUUAUUAUAUGUGUAGGGGUUAGGCUACUCAAGGUAAUUUGUGGUUACAUAUUCUACCAAAGAUCUAUGCAAAAGAUUAAUUUGCAUUGCAGCCAAACACUCUUGUAUAACAUUUUAGUAUUGUGUCAGUUAUAAUACUCAAAUCUGGUGAAUUUCAAAUGGUUUUGUUCAUGCCGUCCACUCAGACUUUGGAACAGUUUGUAAAAUGUUCAAGUAGAUAAUUGCAUUGUUGAUGGUGUGUUCAAGUAGAUAAUCACGCUGGUGAUGGAAUGAGUAAUAAUAAUUGACAUUCUGCUAAUUUUAGUGCAAAAAUAUUUAUGGAUGUUUCUCUUGAUUUACUGAUAUGACUACUACAUUAAAUAACAAAUUACUUUUAUUCCAUUCAUUAUGUAAGUUUUUUCAUGUUCUAAAAGUAAUGGUUUUUCACAUGCGACAGCUGUCGGUUAUAGUAUUUGUAGUGGAAUAAAACUGAGAAUUUUGAAUAUGGAUUUCCUGACCAAAUACUGUUUAAAAACAGCACAAGUUAUUUAUUUAUAGGUUCAUAAGGAUAUGAAAAAAUGAAAGCUGAAUUAAUGCCUACACAAACUAUUGUUUGAGGACUUCCACUCACAAUUUUGACAUGGUAAUUAUUUUGCAGUGUUAACAGUCGACUAUAAAUUUUGCAGGUGGCUUUGGUUAUCUGUAUUUGGUCAUAACUUGUCCUUUCCUAUAGAUAUUGUUCUGAAUGCUAUUAAUUUUUCCAGUAGUGAUAAUUAUAGUGAUUUUUAUGCUUCAGAAUUAAGUAAAUAAAAGAUUUGAUUAAUGAUCAUCAUGAUACAUUUCAAUCAAACUAAUUAAUCUAAAUGUAAAAUGCACUGAGGAUUCAUUAAAGAUGUGUUUUUUA